AUGGUAGUGGUGAAAGAUGACAUUUCAGACGUAUUAACGGAAGAAAAAAGAUUUAAACGAGAUGUUGAUCCACAAAACCAGAUACCAACCAUUACAGAUUUUUACGUUUCAUCCAGUGUGAACGCCAGAUUUGCGACAGUAGUCAUACAGAGUCGCGUUGUCAACACGAACCCAGUUAGUUUGCAUGCGACAUUCCGUGUACAAUUACCGGAAACUGCCUUUAUAGCCAACUUUAGUAUGGUUGUAAACGAUACUGUUUAUGUGGCGAAAGUCUUUCCCAAAGAAGAGGCUCAAAAGAAGUUUGAUGAAGCUAAAGCUAAAAAUCAAUCCGCAGGUCAAGUGCGAAAUGUUAAAACAGAUACAUUACGUGGAAUGGAUGAUUUUAUGAUUGACACUAACGUGAAGGCAGGGGUAGAAGCAGUAUUCUAUCUGACUUAUCAAGAACUGUUAGUACGUCGAGUAGGAUUAUAUAAACAACGUAUUGUAGUACAACCAGGCCAGAUUGUAAAAAACCUGACAGUUAAAGCAGUCUUUAAUGAAAACCAGGGAUUCGACAAGUUUUUCUAUACCUUUCCAAAUUCUACAACAGUUUUUACAACUUCGUCCGAUGUGGUGACUCUCACCGCUACACCUAAUACCAGAACACUUGUCUACAAACCAACAGAAUUACAGCAAUCGGCAUCCUCAACAUCCAAGGGUCUGGAUGGAGAAUUUGUAAUAAGUUAUGAUGUACCGCACCAAAGAGAUGGAGGGAUGGUGAUAGUGGAGGAUGAGUAUUUUGUUCAUUAUCUGACUCCAACUGGAAUUGAAACUAUGGAUAAGAAUAUUUUAUUUGUUAUUGACGUGAGUGGAUCAAUGGGCGGCCUUAAGAUUGCUCAAGCUCGAAACACAAUGCUUAAUAUUCUGGAUAGACUAAACCCUAAUGACUACUUCAAUAUCCUAACAUUUGAAUCGGACAUCAAAAGUUGGGUAGAAGUUCCAGUUGAUGUCAAUUCAAACACUAUCGCCCGUGCAAAGGAGUUUGUGAAAGCUAAUGUUCAAAGUGGAGGUUCAACAAACAUAAAUGGUGCACUAUUACAUGCUAUUAAAUCAUUAAAGAGACUUUCAGAACAGAGCCGACGAGCUCAGGUCAUAGUUUUUCUAACGGAUGGACAUCCUUCAGCUGGUGUUACAAACACGAAAACCAUCAGAAAAAACGUCUACAAAGAAAAUUAUGGACUAGCUUCCAUAUACUGUCUUGGGUUUGGAUUCGAUCUCGACUUUAGCUUCCUGAAAAGUUUAGCUUAUGAAAACGGAGGCUUUGCUCGAAGGAUUUACGAUGAAGAUGAUGCAGCUAAUCAGAUCGAACAUUUUUAUCAAGAAGUCAAAGAUCCUGUGCUCCAGAAUGUUGUGGUCAGCUAUGAUAGUGAUGCAGUAGAUUUACAAUCUACGACGAAGAAGUCCUUUUACCAAUACUUUGAAGGUUCGGAGAUUGUAAUCGCUGGUAAAACCAAAACAGCCGACGUUCUACAAUCAGAGAAACUGAGCGUAGUUGGUUUGUCUAGAAAUGGAGAUAUUGAUUUGCCAGUUGGGCAGAAUCAAGUGAUUGUAUGGUCUGAUAAUGAGGGUUUCACCGAAAAGUUGUGGGCGUAUAAAAAGAUUAAGGAAUUACUAGAAGAAUACAAUGUGCAUGAAAACGACACAGCGAAGAGUUUAGCUCUAAAUAUGUCUUUAGAAUAUAACUUUGUCACCCCAUUGACAUCAUUUGUGUUCGUUCAGGAAGACCAGUAUAAGUCGGAAUCAAAUAAAAUGCAUCCUAACGUGAAGGUAUACGCAAAUCCAGGAUAUAAUUUUUGCCCUGGAUUUAGAGUAAAUUAUCUGUCGUCCUCAUUGCUCGUAUUUAUAGCUUGGUGCCUUAUAACUGAACGUUAG